UCCGCCCCUAGCGGUGAUAGUCUCCGCCCACUUCCGGAAAACUUGCAGACCGCUAUCGAAAGUUGAUGCGCCUUCCACAAAACUGCACCUACAAGAUUAAAGGGAAAAAACAAACAAAUAAACUAGGAGUAAGCCAUCGGAUUGCAUCUGAUUUAUAAGGGAAAUGGCAUAUUACUACCAGCAACAGCCAUUUUACAACCCACAAAUCCCGUUUACUGGCUCAAUCCAAGGAGGCUUGAGGGAUGGCAAGAGCAUCACUAUAAGUGGACGAGUUUUACCAGGAGCCAACAGGUUCCAUGUGAAUCUCCAGUGUGGUUCCAGUCCAGAUGCUAAUAUUGCCCUGCACAUUAACCCACGUUAUGACUCCAGUUCAGGAUACAUAGUAACCAACACCAAGCAGAAUAACUACUGGGGUACAGAGGAGCGCAUAUACCAGGCCCUCUUCCCCACAGGAACCCCUUUCAACCUGCAGAUCCUGGUUACAAGCCACUCAUACAAGCUCAGUGUCAAUGGCAUCCAUAUUAUGGACUACAAGCACCGUAUCCCAUUCAACAUGGUGGACACUAUCGUAGUGGAUGGGAUGGUGGAGGUUAAUAUCAUCGGUUUCCAGGAUGCUGUGGGUAUUGUACCUGCUCAAGCUGGAUUCCAGCCACAGUUUGCUUAUCCUCCUGGAUAUGGUGUGCCUGCAUUUCCUGCUCCAGCAAGCUAUAGUGUGCCAUACAAAACCAUCAUCAUCGGUGGAUUGCAGCCUGGCAAAAACAUUUCCAUCCAAGGUGUAGUUAAUCCUCAGGCUUCCAGAUUUGCCAUUAACCUGCGUCACAGAAGUGGGAUUGCAUUUCAUUACAAUCCUCGCUUUGAUGAGAACUUGGUUGUACGCAAUACCCAAACAAUAGAGCAGUGGGGCACAGAGGAGCGCUCUGGAGGCAUGCCAUUUCACAGGGGACAAAACUUCCAGAUCAUCAUUUCCUGCAAUCCCUAUCAUUACAACGUGUUUGUCAAUGGGAAACAAGUGCAUACCUAUAACCACCGCUUCACCAGGCUGAAUGAGAUUGAUGUUCUGGAGGUGUCUGGUGACAUGAGCUUGAUUGCUGUAAAUGUUUAGCCAAAUCACAGUUUAUAGUUAAAUUUUUUUAAUAAGCCAGUCAGUAAAGCCUGUGAAUUGCUAUGGAAAAAGCAAAUAAAUCUGACAAUGGUAAAAUAUAAUCUUUAUAUUAUAAUUAUAUGAACAUUAUUAAUGAAAUGUAAUAAUCUAAAUAUUACUAUGCUUUUUUUUAUUACACCUUUUGUACCUGAAUGAUGAACUGUUAAUUGUAUUUACCUUUAACCUAAGCAAUAAAACAGUGCCAUCUGGUGCCAUGUAUCUGUAGUGAU